AUGGUCGAGAUUCCGGGUAAGCCUAUUGACCUGAAGGAGUACGAUGGGCUGUCUGGCCGGUCGCCUGUGCCGUUCCACAUCAAGCUCGUGCCACGCCACGAGAAUGUCGCCAAGGUCCUGGGGUUAUCUAAUCCACUGCGACUAUUUGUAUCAUUAUACUUCAUCGCUUUGAAUGUAUGA